AAAUUCGAAAAAUAUUAUUUGAAAACACGGUGACCGAGAACGUGGUCGUCAGCUCAUCCGAAAACUGCGGAGGUCUUAAAUCCGUCUGCCAUUCAGUGAGCGCCAUGAUAAGUAAUAGCUUUAGUCACGCAAUUUCCGGCACGUCACUAUCACUGGUGCUACUGUUUUUGCUGCAGCCGCUGUGGGGCAGUGGUAGUGGCGGCGUGCUCGGCUUAGAAGAAGAGAGCAGCCAGAUAAUGGACGAAAUUCCUGCCGCGCACCGGGAAGGGUUGGAGUUGUUGAAAACUGCGCUGGCCAUGGACGUUCAAUGGUCUGCAUUCUGGAGUGAAAAGAUCGAUUCAAAGUUUAUUGAGGAAUCUGAUCUGGUCCCAGAGUUCUGCCCUUCAAUGCCCGCUUCAAUGUUCGAAAAGAAGCCAAUUCACUCGAUGAGUGUCGUCAAGCAAGUCAUGGAACACUGUCCACACUCAGGCAUGUACGUGGAUUUUGCUGUCAGUUUGCUGGCCCUCUCGGCCCAGUGCAUGUUCAACAGACACGCUAUCCUUCAGUUGGCUACCAUAGAAAGUAUACCUUUCAAAGCGAUCACAGAAUUCACCCAACACCUCGGACGCCUUUUGGGCGAUUACCGGCAGAUGGCCAACUCUCUAGCCACGGUCGGUGCGGAACUGCAUCCCUUGAUUGCGUUGUCCAGGUUUUUCAAUGAGGUCAAAAGGCAGUGGGUCACUUAUAUCGAGGAUAACGGCCACCAAGCAAAGUACAAGAGCGAUCUUAGACUUGAGGUCGGGAAUCUGGUUAAUCUUCUGAUGGACUCCAGUUUAUAUUGCGACAAGUCCCCAACAAUAUGGUAUGGACUAAAUAGUAAAGAUACGGUGAAACUUGACAUGCAUGAUAUAGAACCUAAGUUCAGUGGGGAAGAAAUAGACGAUUCAUUGACAUCCACUCUGCCAGAGGACGAAGUUCCGAACGAACCGUCAGUGAGGAAAGCCCACAAGUUGAGAUUGAUAUUGAAAGAGGAAUUCGAAAAACUGCACCUCGGGAAAAUACCACAGGAAGUUUGGGAUCUGAUGUUCGCAAAAAUUAUUCUCGCGAGACAGAUUGAGACGGAAGAGAAGCUUUCUUUCAAGAAGAAAGCUUUUAAAAAAAUAUCUUCAUUUUUAGGUAGACGCAAGUAAUUGUUAUUAUAAUAAAAGAAAACCAUCAACAGUGCAACAGUGCGAAUUAAAUACAUUUUAAUGAUGUGGUAUUUAUGUAUUUUGUUUUUUUUUUAAAUUUAAGUACAUUAUUGAACUUUUUUGAACUAUUCACCUAGGUGUUUGUACGCUUUUAUUUGUACAAUAGAAAUUAAUUAAUCAGCUAUUCAAUAAUAAAUAAAUAUAUAUACAGUAUA